AUGCCUUACAACGCCCGAUCAGAUGUUCUCACGGAACCAGUUGCCAAUGGUGGGCUCGAAGACCCACGGGCUGCCAGACAGCGAUCAUUUAGCGAACGGAUGACUUGUCGCGACCUCACUGAUUUUAUAACAAACACGGCGGAGAUAUCGCCACUAAAACCGAGAUACAAUAAAGCGUCCCACAUGCAUAAGCCAAAUAAAGAAUGCCAGACCAAACUCGAUCGGGUCCUCUCCCGGUCUAAGGAAAUUAGGUUGCCUGCCGCCGAACAGGAUGUGCGCCAACCCUUAUCGGACCUCCUACCGGGGCUAAUUGUCACUGGUGGUCUCAGUCGAUCGCCUGCCUUUGAUUGCCUACCUGUCGUGUCCCAUUGGGCUGAGCGCACCGAUGAGCCAUCAGCUGCAGACCCUGCCGCCACCGUACGAAUUUCUUCGACUUGGGAAGCCAUUGAAGUCAUUGGGGAAGGAGCCACCAUGCAGUUCCCACUUGGAGCUCCAUGUUGGUCGCUAAAGUCUCACGGCAUCUCCCCUGUAGAUCCGGGAUCUAGGGGAGUUCUGAGCGCUGCGAGCGAUAUCUCUCGAAUGCGCAACACCCGUGUUGCAGAUGCCGUUGAUUGUGCCCUGGGAUUGCUUUCAGAUGCUUCAGAGCUCUUGGCCGCACGUAACAAGGUGAUAGCGACCGGGAAUCCCGAAUGUCUCGCUUUCGCAGAGGUGCACGAGGUGGUCCUCCCCUCCUGGUGCUCUGCCCGAAAGCCUCUCCCACCUAAGUUGAGCGGCGUGGCACUCUCAAAUGACCGUGCUACCAUCGAUGUUCUUGCCCAGGAGGAUUGCGAAGGGCCGCUACUCAACACCAGCAUCUUCUCCAUGGCGGUGGGCUUUAAUCGCGGUGUCUAUGGAGGCUCGAUUUCAGGUCUGUGGGCAGUAAUGGAUUCGGCCUUUGUCCUCGAUUACUCAAUAGGCAAAGACAGCCCUGAGAUGGCAGAGAAACUAGCUUUUAGUUUUGCCGAAGUCGCGGCUGUUGCUGAAACCGCCGUAUAUGCCGGUGACCAUAUCACUGAUAUUCGAGUUGUCAAGGGCUGCAACUAUUCAUGCUUACGCCAAAAGGCCAUCAUUGAGGACACCAAUCCUGUUGGGUCCCGACCAUGUAUAGUCGUUUGGAAAGACCUCGCCCGGCUGGCCCGUUACAAGCUCGCGGAUGCAGUUUUCUGUCAUGUCUAUUAUGAUUCCGGUGGUGGAGAGCAAAUGGCGGCAAUGGCCGGUCUGGGAUGCGUAGUGCAUGACUGGAUUGAUAUGGGCGCUGAUAUAGCAUGUGGAGAGAUUAGCAACAUCAUCCCUUCACUGACAGGAGGCUCGUUUGCGGAGGAACUACUGGCCGAAGUGUACUCGCGUUUUAUGGGUUCGAUGAUCUGGUACCGUGAUAACGAUCCAUAUAAUCCAGGUGCUCUAUGCAUUUUGUUCACCCACUGGUGGCAACUUGCCAAUUGUCGGCACCGACCUAUUUCUCUCAUGGGCCGAACUGACUUCGAUACUGUCAAGAAAGGCAUCGCCGCAACAAUUCCGGAAGGAAGGCCAUCAUUGGAGCAUUUUCGAGCGUGUGGUACUAAGAUCGAGCGUAGUGAACAUCCACUCGCCAACGCUGAGGCGCGGCUUAAACGUCUUCUUUCCUCAAAUCCAUUGCCGGAAACUCAAGCAGUCAUUGACCUCCUUGUGAAACCAGUUCUUGCCUACGUGAAAGGAGCGGAUCAGCUACCCUUUGAGAAUGAAUACGUGGGCGCCGUCCUCGCUGCCGAAAUAGCUUACCCCCACGGUCAGAAGAUUAUAGAAUUAUGGGACCUGGCGAUUGUCAUGUGGGAAUGUGGGGCCAUGUGGGCCGCCGGGGUGGCAGGUCUUUGCUACACUCAUACGGGAAAGUUCAACUGUGAUAGAGCUCGCGAUGAUUUGUCGGAAACUACUUGGAGUUAA